AUGGAAGUAAAGGUAGACUCUGGGAGUCCUUCGGUCUAUGAAGGUUUUGACCAAGCUUCAAAGGAUCGUGUUAGAGAAUUAGCUAAAGAUCUCGAGAAACAAAGUGUAAAGGAUGUUAAUGAGGCUAGUAAUGGCGAAAGUGUCUUCGGCGUUGCAAGUUCGCAAGGUAAAGAUGGUGGUGUUAAUCCAAUGGAUGAAUCUGAAUAUGACGAAAGGUUAGACCCAAAUUCUGAUCGUUUUGAAUCGAAGUACUGGGUUAAAAACAUGUCGAGGUUGAUGAAUUCUGAUCCGGAUUAUUAUAAACCGUAUUCAAUCGGAUGUUGCUGGGAUCAAUUAUCUGCGUGCGGUGCCUCCUCAGACGUUGCAUAUCAGAAAAAUGUUGCCAACUUACCGCUACAGAUUUUACAAACGAUUUAUCGGUAUGUGAGACCAUCAAGAGAUGAAGAUACUUUCCAAAUUUUAAAGCAAAUGGAAGGUCUAAUCAACCCAGGUGAAUUGUUAGUGGUGCUGGGUAGACCGGGUUCAGGUUGUACGACGUUAUUAAAGACCAUAAGUUCCAAUACGCACGGGUUUCAUCUUUCUAAGGAAUCCAAUGUAUCUUACAGUGGAGUAAGUCCCAAGGAUAUAAAGAAGCAUUUUCGUGGUGAAGUGGUCUAUAAUGCAGAAGCUGAUAUUCACUUGCCACAUUUAACGGUUUGGCAAACACUAAUUACGGUGGCACGUCUAAAGACUCCAAACAAUCGUAUCAGAGGUAUAGAUAGAGAAGUUUGGGCAAACCAUGUUGCUGAUGUUGCCAUGGCAACAUAUGGUCUUUCGCAUACUAGAAACACCAGAGUUGGUAGUGAACUGGUUAGAGGUGUUUCUGGUGGUGAAAGAAAGCGUGUUUCCAUUGCGGAAGUUUCCAUUUGUGGAUCGAAAUUUCAAUGUUGGGAUAAUGCCACUAGAGGUUUAGAUUCCGCUACUGCAUUGGAAUUCGUUAGGGCUUUAAAGACCCAAGCUUCUCUAAUGGAUUCUGCAUCGGCGGUCGCCAUUUACCAAUGUUCUCAGGAAGCAUUCGAGCUUUUCAAUAAAGUGAGUGUGCUUUACGAUGGAUAUCAGAUAUUUUUCGGACCUUCAGGAGAAGCUAAACAAUAUUUCGAAGAUAUGGGAUAUCAUUGUCCCUCGAGGCAGACUACUGCAGAUUUUUUAACAGCUGUUACAAGUCCUGCAGAAAGAACUGUUAGAGAAGACUAUAAGGAGAAGGGCAUAGCUGUACCUCAGACUGCUCAUGAAAUGAGGGAACAUUGGGUCAAUUCACCCAAUUAUAGAACUCUUAUGCAACAAAUUGAGGAGGAGAAAAACAAAGAUUCAAAUCUUGGAAGCCUUAAAGAAGCACAUGUAGCCAAGCAGGCUAGAAGGGCAAGACCUUCUUCACCUUAUACAGUAAGUUAUUUCCAACAAGUGAGAUAUUUGCUAAUAAGAGACUGGUGGAGAUUAAUUAACAGUUUUGAUAUCACGUUUUUCCAGAUAUUUGGUAACGCUACUAUGGCGUUCAUCUUAGGUUCCAUGUUUUACAAGAUCAUGAAAAAAGAUUCUACAGCAACUUUCUAUUCUCGUGGUGCUUCCAUGUUUUUCGCAGUUCUUUUCAAUUCCUUCACCUCCAUGUUGGAAAUCUUUUCACUUUUCGAGGCAAGACCAAUCACUGAGAAGCAUAGGACAUACUCUUUAUACCAUCCAAGUGCAGAUGCAUUUGCAUCUGCAUUAUCAGAAGUGCCGCCAAGAAUUUUGAUUUCAGUAGUCUUCAAUAUUGUCUUCUACUUUUUGGUACACUUCCGCAGAGAUGGUGGUAGAUUCUUUUUCUACUAUAUGAUGAGUUUGGUCUCUUCAUUUACCAUGUCGCACUUGUUUAGAACUGUGGGUUCGUUGGUUAACACUUUAUCCGAGGCCAUGAUUCCAGCAGCUAUCAUUCUAUUGGCCCUAUCAAUGUAUACAGGGUUUGCUAUUCCAGCAACGAAAAUGCAUGGAUGGUCUAAAUGGAUUUGGUACAUCAAUCCGCUGUCUUAUAUCUUUGAAUCUUUGAUGGUCAAUGAGUUCCACGACCGUAAAUUUCCAUGCGCUGAAUACAUUCCACAUGGUCCCUCAUACGGAAAUAUUGGAGGGAAUCAAAGAGUUUGUUCAGCUAAUGGUGCUAUCGCUGGUCGAGACUAUGUCUUAGGGGACGAUUUUCUGAAACUAAGUUACAACUAUCAAAAUAAGCACAAAUGGCGUGGAUUUGGAAUUGGUUUGGCUUUCGCGAUCUUUUUCUUCUUUGUCUACUUAUUUCUGGUGGAAUUUAAUGAGGGCGCUAAACAAAAGGGUGAAAUCUUAAUUUUCCCACACUCUGCUGUCCGUAAGAUGAAGAAACAAAGCAAAUUAAAGGAUCGUCGUAAUGAUGAUGAGGAAAGUUCGACAGCGUCUGAGUUAAUUACUGAUAAACAAUUACUGGCAGACUCGGAGGAAACAACUUCCGAUGGAUUAAAUGAAGCUGGGUUAUCCAAAUCAGAAGCUAUCUUUCACUGGAGAAAUCUAUCUUACGACGUUCAAAUCAAGAAGGACACUAGGCGUAUUUUGGAUAAUGUGGAUGGUUGGGUUAAACCUGGAACUCUAACUGCGCUCAUGGGGGCAUCUGGUGCCGGUAAGACCACUCUUUUGGAUUGUUUAGCUGAAAGAGUCACAAUGGGUGUGAUUACAGGUGACGUAUUUGUCAAUGGUAAGCCCCGUGAUACCUCUUUCCCCAGGUCUAUUGGAUACUGCCAACAACAAGAUUUACAUUUGACUACUUCCACCGUAAGAGAAUCACUUAGAUUUUCUGCGUAUUUGCGUCAGCCAUCUACUGUUUCUGAACAAGAAAAAGACGACUAUGUUGAACAAGUUAUCAAAAUCUUAGAAAUGGAAGCCUAUGCGGAUGCCGUUGUCGGUGUUGCAGGAGAGGGUUUGAAUGUCGAACAAAGGAAAAGAUUGACAAUUGGAGUUGAAUUAGUGGCUAAACCAAAAUUGUUACUAUUUCUUGAUGAACCUACAUCUGGUUUAGACUCUCAAACUGCAUGGUCUGUAUGCCAAUUAAUGAAAAAAUUAGCUAAACACGGACAAGCCAUUCUUUGUACAAUCCACCAACCAUCCGCUAUCUUAAUGCAAGAGUUCGAUCGUUUGUUAUUUAUGCAACGUGGUGGUAAAACUGUUUAUUUUGGUGACCUUGGUGAUGGUUGUCGAACCAUGAUUGAUUAUUUCGAAAAGUACGGAGCUCACAAAUGUCCUAGCGAUGCGAACCCCGCUGAAUGGAUGUUAGAAGUCGUGGGUGCUGCACCAGGAUCACAUGCCAAUCAAGAUUACCAUGAAGUGUGGAAGAAUUCUACUGAGUAUAUUGCAGUUCAAGAGGAAUUGGAUCGUAUGGAGAAGGAACUUCCAGGAGUAAGUGAUGGCGAAUCCGAUGAUGAACAUCAAAAGGCAUUCGCUACUAGUUUAUCUUACCAAUGUUUCUUGGUUUCGCAACGUCUUUUUCAACAAUACUGGAGAACUCCAGAAUACUUAUGGGCUAAAAUGUUCUUAACGGUUGUUAACCAAUUGUUCAUUGGAUUUACUUUCUUCAAGGCUGAUAGAAGUAUGCAAGGUCUUCAGAAUCAAAUGCUGUCAGUCUUCAUGUUUUGCGUUAUCUUCAAUCCUAUUCUUCAGCAGUACUUGCCCUCCUUUGUGAGACAAAGAGAUUUAUACGAAGCAAGGGAACGUCCUUCAAGGACUUAUUCGUGGAAAUCAUUUAUUGUGGCCCAAAUCAUCGUGGAAGCUCCUUGGAAUUUCAUAGCAGGUACAUUGGCCUUCUUCAUCUAUUACUAUCCAGUUGGAUUUUACUCAAAUGCCUCCCUAGCUGGUCAAUUGCACGAAAGAGGUGCUCUUUUCUGGCUGUACAGCACUGCGUUCUACGUUUACAUUGGUUCUAUGGGUCUCUUUGUAAUUUCAUUCAAUGAAGUUGGCGCUAAUGGGGCUAAUUUAGCAUCUCUGCUCUUUACCAUGGCUCUAUCAUUCUGUGGUGUCAUGGCAACUCCUAAAGCCAUGCCACGUUUCUGGAUCUUCAUGUACAGAGUUUCUCCCUUGACAUAUUUUAUCAGUGGUGUUCUUUCUACGGGUAUAGCAAAUGUCCCUUUGAAAUGUGCAUCUUAUGAAUACGUCAAAUUCUCUCCACCAAGUGGACAAACCUGUGGGAAAUACAUGUCAGACUAUAUCAAAGCAACGGGAACAGGUUAUUUGGCCGAUCCGUCUGCUACAAAAACGUGUGAAUUCUGUCAAUACUCUAGUACCAACGAUUUCUUGAAGGGCAUUAGUUCUUCCUACAGUGAUAGAUGGAGAAACUACGGUAUAUUCAUCUGUUACAUUGCAUUCAAUUAUGCCGCUGCCAUCUUUUUAUAUUGGUUGUCAAGAGUCCCUAAGACAUAUGGUAAAAAGAAGAAAUAG